AUAGCACUUGGAGGGCAGAAGAGACUGAGAACCGCAGCCACAAGGACAUGCUGUAGUCCCCGCUAGAAUCUUCAACUCUAGACACCUUCAACCCAUUUAAAGGAGCAUGAUUCCAGUGACCGAAUUCCGGCAGUUCACAGAACAGCAGCCGGCUUUCCGGGUUCUGAAGCCAUGGUGGGAUGUGUUCACAGACUACCUUUCUGUGGUAAUGCUCAUGAUAGGUGUGUUUGGAUGCACUCUGCAGGUGAUGCAAGACAAAAUCAUAUGCCUGCCUCAAAGGACAUUCUCACCAAACCAGACUGAGCUGAUGUGCCCACCUCCUUCCACAAAUCAUGUAGCGAUCGUGCCUGUCCAUGAGUUGAAAGGACUGAAGACCAACUUGGAUAUUCAGCAGUAUAACUACAUAAACCAAAUGUGUUACGAAAAGGCACUGCAUUGGUAUGCCAAGUACUUCCCUUACCUGGUUCUCAUACAUACCCUAAUUUUCAUGGUGUGCAGCAAUUUCUGGUUCAAGUUUCCUGGCUCCAGCUCUAAAAUUGAGCACUUCAUAUCCAUCCUGGGAAAGUGUUUCGACUCUCCAUGGACUACCAGAGCACUGUCAGAAGUGUCUGGGGAGAAUCCUGAAGAGAAGGACAACAAGAAGAACAGUGCCAGUAGGUCAAACCUUGAUACUCCGAUUGGAGAGGGCAACCUGGAGAAGACUUCGUCUUUAAGAUCAAUACCUGAAAAGAUUGUCGUUGACAAGCCAGCAGCAAGUGUCCUUGACAAGAAGGAAGGAGAACAAGCCAAAGCCUUGUUUGAGAAGGUCAAAAAAUUCCGCCUGCAUGUGGAGGAGGGUGAUAUAUUAUAUAUGAUGUAUGUCCGUCAGACUGUUGUAAAAGUGCUCAAGUUUAUCCUUAUAAUUGCAUACAACAGUGCUCUGGUGUCAAAGGUUAGGUUCAAUGUUACCUGCACUGAGAACAUGCAGGACAUGACAGGUUACCGGUACUUCUGUUGCAAUCAUACUAUGGCCCACUUGUUCUCAAAGCUCUCCUACUGUUAUUUGUGUUUUGUUGGUGUUUAUGGACUCACAUGCCUUUAUACAUCUUACUGGCUGUUCUAUAUUUCUCUCAAGGAGUACUCCUUUGAAUAUGUUAGGCAAGAGACUGGAAUUGAUGACAUCCCAGAUGUAAAGAACGACUUUGCUUUCAUGUUGCACAUGAUCGAUCAGUAUGAUCCCCUAUAUUCCAAGAGAUUUGCAGUGUUUCUGUCAGAGGUGAGCGAAAACAAGCUGAAACAGCUCAACCUUAACCACGAGUGGACAGCUGACAAGCUUCGGCAGAAGCUGCAAACCAACAGCAAUAACAGGCUAGAACUUCAACUCUUCAUGCUGUCUGGCCUCCCAGACACCAUCUUUGAGGUGACAGAGCUGCAGUCUUUGAAGCUUGAGAUCAUUAAUAAUGUUACCAUACCAGCAGCCAUUGCCCAACUAGAGGAUCUCCAGGAGCUUUCGCUUUACCAGUGCUCGCUCAAGAUCCACAGUGCAGCAACCUCAUUCCUCAAGGAGAACUUGAAGGUGCUACGAGUGAAGUUUGAUGAUGGCCGUGAACUUCCACAUUGGUUGUAUGUGUUGCGGAAUUUGGAAGAGCUCCAUCUGAUUGGCUCUUUAAGUUCUGAUGCGUCAAAGAACGUAACCUUGGACUCUUUACGAGAGCUCAAAGCACUGAAGACCCUGUCACUCAAGAGCAACUUCACCAAGAUCCCUCAGUCCAUCGUGGAUGUGGCCAGCCAUCUACAACGCCUCUGUAUUUGCAAUGAUGGCACCAAGCUGGUCAUGCUUAACAACCUGAAAAAGAUGGUGAAUCUAAUAGAACUUGAGUUGGUGCACUGCGACCUCGAACGCAUACCACAUGCCAUUUUCAGCCUGUCUAAUCUGCAGAUGUUGGAUCUGAAGGAGAACAAUCUACGCUCCAUUGAAGAGAUCCUCAGCUUUCAGCACCUCCGUAAGCUGACCAGUCUGAAGCUUUGGCACAACGGCAUCACUUUUAUACCUGAACACAUCAAAAAACUCGGGAGCUUGGAGCGCCUCUACUUAAGCCAUAACAAGAUCGAGAUCCUACCUUCACACUUGUUCCUCUGCAACAAACUGCGCUACCUCGAUCUCUCCAACAACGACAUCCGUUUUAUUCCACCGGAGAUAGGCGUUCUCCAGAGCCUUCAAUACUUCUCUGUUAGUUGCAACAAAAUUGAAAAUAUUCCUGAUGAGCUCUUCUUCUGUAAGAAGCUCAAGACUCUGAAGCUUGGCAGAAACACGCUGUCUGUCCUUUCACCAAAGAUUUCUUUCCUAAGUGUACUGACUCACUUGGAGUUAAAGGGUAAUCACUUUGAGAUCUUACCAGCUGAACUUGGCUCUUGUCGUGCCUUAAAGAGCAGUGGACUUGUUGUAGAAGACGUGCUGUUUGAGACUCUGCCUUCAGACAUCAAGGAGCAAAUGCAAGCAGAGUGAUUGCUUAGCUUUAAUGCCAAAUGUUGUAAUCUGACUCCUUAGGAGACAAGACUCCAGGUGUUACGUCCUGUAGUAUGUAUUGCGAUCUAUAUGGGUGAGUACCUGCAAUUUCAUGUUUAAAGCUGGACUUGAGCUUAAUGGUAUUUUAAUACAAAAAAAAAAAAAACAUCGAAAUAUCUAGGGAUGAACACCUUUUAAUGCCUUAUAUUGUAUAUUAUGAAAAUGUAAAACAAAUUUAAAAACUCUUUAUCUUAAUUUUCUAAGGUAAUGUUUUUUGUUUUGUUUUGUUUUUUAAAUCUAAGUCAUAAAAGACAACUUACGACAGGGAUUCAUUUACAGACAGUGGCAUGGCAUGCAAUUCCAUUGUAUGCUUUCACUGCUUAUGACUGACAUUUGCUUUCAUAAUCCAUUAAGCUUUUACAGGUCAAGUACUGUACAACAUGUUUUGCACUGGAAAUGGCGAUAUUAGAAUUUGCACUGGGAACUUUACCAUUCCUUUCAUUUUACGUUUUAAUGUCUAUGGACUUUGCAAUGAUUUGAAGUAUAUAUGAUAGGAAAAUAUACAGUUCAUGUAAUCAUUCAUACUAGUAGUGUUUUUUUUUUUCUUCCAGCAUAUUUACUCUUAUAACUAUAAAGCUUUUGGAGAGCAGUAUCCUUGUGCAUUUGUUUCUCAGGUAGACUUCACACGUUUUUCCUUGCAUCGCUGUUUUAAGGUUAAACAAGUUUUACAGCUGUUGGUAGUGGAUCCUGGGCAGAUAAAGAUAACCACAUUGCAUUAUACAUCUUAUAAACUAGUGGUACCAGCUUCAACUGUCAUAUAGUUUUUUAAAGGGUUAUGUAUCCUGCUGUUUGCUUA